AUGAGAUGUUUAGUAACCGAUGAUGAUAAAAUUAUAUGUGGUCAUAAAGUAGUUUUAGAAUCAGCUAGUCCAUAUUUCCAUGCAAUGUUUAAAAAUUGUGAAAAAAAAUCAACAUCUUGUUAUUAUGAAACAGUUUCGUUACAAACUUCAAAUCUCUUGCAGUUACAAGAAGUAAAAGAGGCAUUUUGUGAUUUUUUACAGGCACAAAUGUUUCCUAAAAACUGUAUUGCUAUAAAUGCGUUAGCUGAUUUACAUAGCUGUACAAAGUUGUUAACAAGUUCCAAAUUAUAUAUUCAGCACUACUUUUCAGACGUGGUAGAAGGAGAUGAAUUCCUAUCCUUAUCAUCCGAACAAAUGGUUAAGUUGAUAGCCUGUGAUGAGUUGGAAGUUCCAUCUGAAGAAAAAGUAUUUGAAUCUGUAAUUCAAUGGGUGAAAUAUGAUUUGGGUGCCAGAAAAUGUAUCUUGCCCCAAUUUGUGGAACAUGUGCGUUUACCAUUAACAUCCAAAGACUACAUAUUAAAAAAAAUAGUUGAGGAACCUCUUGUUAAUAAUUGUCUUAAAUCGAAAAAUUACGUAAUUGAAGCUCUACAUUUUCAUUUACUUAAGUCAGAUGAGCUUGUCACCAUUCCUCAUCACAUACGGACAAAACCUAGACAACCCGCGGUUGGUGGAUUAAGGUUUGGUCAAAAUCUUGAUAGUACAGAAUGGUAUGACCCAAAAAUCAACCAAUGGCAGCCUGGGCCACAAAUAAUUGCAUCACAUUUUAGUGGUUGUCUAGCUGUAGUAAAAGAUAAUUUUGUUGGCGUUUCUGAUGGUAAUAUUUGUUUAAAUGGUGCAGAAGUUUUUGACUGCAGAACUCAUGAAUGGCAUUUGGUAUCCAAUAUGACUACUAGAAGAAGUAGUGUUGGGAUUGGAGAACUGUAUAAUUUUUUAUUUGUGGUAGGAAGUGUUGAUGGUUUAUCAAAGCGGAGAUUAAACUCUGUUGAAUGUUAUCAUUCCAGUCUUGAUAAAUGGACACCAGUCACAAAAAUGCGUGUACAUCGCAGUGCUGUGGAUGUUGGUGUUGUAGAUGGUGUAGUGUAUGCUCUAGAUGGUACUGAUGGAUUCAAAGUUCACAAAUGUGUUGAAGCAUACAGGCAAGCAAGAGUUGCUGUAUUAAAUGGAUUAUUGUAUGUCGUUGGUGGAGAUUGCCGAACUUCUAGAACUUUUACUUUUGAUUCUGUAGAAUUUUACAUCCACAAGAAUAAAACCUGGACCAUGGUCACAACAUCUUGUAAUGAUGCACGGACUGCAGCAAGAGUUGUAGCAUUUGAUAGACCACAACAUUUUAAAACUUGUUAG